GUCGAGCACACACGCAUGCGCAGCACUCGUAGACUCACUCGCGCCGCGUCCGAAGGAACUGGAAUAUCCAUCUGCAAAUAUAUAGAACAUACACCCAUUAAAUCUGUGCAGUUUGUGCCUUUUUUUUGAAGUGGAGAAUAAACUGUGAAAAGCACCCACAACCUCACCCACACCGAGGAGAGCAGCCGCCGGCCAGAGACCAGAACAAGAUGCUCAAGUGGGCCGUCAACCAGCCACGACCCUCGUACAUGGAGGAGUCUGCAGCCACGCCAAUGGGCAGGGGAACGGCAACUGGAACUGGAACUGCUGCAGGAGUGGAGGCAAGCAGCUACAGCGAGUUCCAUGCGCUGCGAGGAAAGCUCAAGCGAAAGUCCCUCUGCCUGGCCCUGGCCCACGGACAGGGGAAGGAGAACCAGCUGACCUCGACGCCACUGCCCGCCAGCUCCCUGUCCAUGCAACCACGGACACCGCUGCUCAAGGACCUCAGCAACAUCAUGUCCUCGCCCCUCACUACACCCACACCCCGCCCACACACUGCAGCAGCAGCUCCCACCGCCUACGCCUCCACCCUGCCGACCUUCGAGGCGGAGUACUCCCCGAGUGCGGCCAUCAUCCCGGGUCCCCUGCUCGCCCUCCGCGGCAUGGGCAUCCCCGACAGCUACUUCGAGAAGCCGCGCUACCUGGAGCUAAAGGCCCUGCCCCAGCCCCUGCCCGUGCCACAAGCUCCUGCCACGAAGAGCGGCCAGACAACGCUCAGCUCCAGCCAGAUGGGAGACGUGACGCUGGAGCGGAUGAUCGAUGCCAUUCUGGAGAGCACCCGCAAGGCGCCAGCUCCCCGGCAGCAGCGUCAACGUCUGCGUCAUCGCCACAGACAUCACCCCCUGAGCAGCACCACCUCCGCUGACACCGCCACCCACUCGCCCACCUACCGACCCGCCUUCGACCCAGCCAGCGACCUCUGCGAGUACUGGAAGUCGCCGCACGCGAGUGGCUACGAGGAGCGGGAGGUACGCUCCCCCCAGCCUCCACCGGAACUGCCAGCCACAGCCACAGCCCCAGACGGGAGUCAAUCCCAGGGGAAGAGGCUAUCCCUGCAGCUGCGGAGGCAGCGCGUGGUGCGACGCAAACGGAAGAUCGCCACCAGAAUCUCCUCCAGUGUGCGGCAUUCCGCCCAGAAGCUGCUGGCGGCCGCUCGCUCCGCCCAGAAGAUCCGCCACAUCAGCCCCGACAGCGGCCACAACUCCACCAGCGACUGCGAGCUGGACGAGGAGCAUUCCAAUCCCAUUCUGGCAAUGGGACUGGGAUUGGGCGGCGAGGAGCUUGAGGCCUCUUGCCAGCUGGAUGCCAUGUGGCUGCAGGCGCAGGCGCAUAUCAGGGACGCCACCAAGAGGCGCCUCAGCUUCUCCAUGUCGGAGGCCAGCUGAGGAUCUUCUUCUGGGAUCAGUCCAUAUUUUUUUUAUCACUUUUUUUUCUUAGCCGUAAGCA